AUGUGGGGGAAACAAAUUCGCCUGUAUAAGGAAACCAACAAAAUCGACCUACUGAAGAAAAACGAAUUCGGCAAGAGCAUCCUGUCGGAGUCCUUCAACGCCCAGGACGGAAAUAUUUUGCACCUCGUUCUGAGCCACCCCAUGUCGAAUGUGCGGGAAGAGCAGGGUGGGCGCGAGGUGAGUGGCAUGCGCGGCGGCAUGUGCAGCAGUGUAGGAAAGUGUGUGGACAGUGCAUCCAAUAGCCACAAGGACACAUCGUUCACGACAAAUCUAGAGGACGCAAAAAUAAUUCAGGAGUGCACCCACGAGUUGCUCAUCAACGUAAAGGUAAAAGUAAAAAAGGGGGAAAGCGAAGAAGGGGUCAUUAUACGGAUAAAAAAAAUUGUAUUAAACUAUUUUGUAAAUUCAUUUGAGGAUGGCAAAACAUCAGGAGAAGAGGUCCAUUCACAUAAUGACAUCACCGGGAUUAACAUUUUGGAGUGCUGCCUCUUGAUAAGCAAAUGGAUCUCCGAAUUUUUCCUCCAGAAUAGUACCCCCUUUAGAAAUAAAGUGCUAUUAGAACACGAUGCAUGGACUGGAUUAUCCAGCAUUUCGAUUUUCGCGCAUACGAACAUUUUUCGCAACGGAACUAAUCAAGGACCGAACCAAGUAUUCAUUACCAAUGUCAAUCUAUUCACUCUAAAGCAAAUUGUCACAUAUGACUACAUUAUUGGGAGUGAUUUAAUAUACGAUAAAAAAAACGUAACGUCACUUAUCGAUUCAAUUAAGUUAACUUUAAAAACAAAUGGCACUUUUCUCUAUGUGUGUAGAAAGAACAGGGAUGACUCACAAGAAUUCUUUGAUCAAUUAAAAAAAGGAAAUAACAACAUACAGCUGUUCAUCCCCCAGAGUCACUAA